AUGGCAUCAAGACCAGAGCUCAAAGUAGAGGACGAAUAUGGCUUCAUCAAAUUCUUCAGAAACCUGUCUGGUACAGACGACGAUACGAUACGCCUCUUUGACAGAAAUGAUUACUACACAGCCCACGGAGAUGAUGCCACGUUCAUUGCACAGAACCAGUACAAGACAACCUCGGUACUCAAACAACUCGGUCGCGAUCCUGGUCUCCCAUCCGUCACACUCUCACAAACAGUGUUCCGCAACUUCUUGCGCGAGGCUCUCUUUCGUCUAGGCAAGCGUAUUGAGAUCUGGGAGUCCACUGGCAAGAACAAAUUCACCCUCGCCAAGCAGGCCUCACCAGGAAACCUCCAGGAUGUUGAAGACGAGCUCGGCAGCAACAUGGAAGCUGCACCAAUCAUCCUGGCUGUCAAAAUUUCUGCUAAAGCAUCAGAAGCACGCAAUGUGGGUGUCUGCUUCGCAGACGCAAGCGUGCGUGAGCUCGGUGUGAGCGAGUUUGUCGACAACGACAUCUACUCCAACUUCGAGAGCUUGAUCAUUCAGCUGGGUGUUCGAGAAGUCUUAGUGCAGUACGAUGGACAGAAGAAAGAUGGAGAGUUGGCCAAGCUACGAGCUAUUGCAGACAACUGUCAAUGCGCCGUGUCAGAACGCCCCUCAGCAGACUUCAGCAGCAAGGAUAUCGAGCAGGACUUGAACAGAUUGUUGCGUGAGGAACGCACUUCGACUCUGCCACAAACCGAACUGAGAUUGGCUAUGGGAGCUUCGGCUGCCCUGGUCAAAUAUCUGGGUGCCAUGUCGGACUCUUCCAACUACGGCCAAUACCAAUUGUACCAACACGACCUUUCACAAUACAUGAAGCUGGAUGCGUCUGCGCUAAAAGCCCUCAACCUCAUGCCCGGACCCAAGGACGGCUCCAAGACGAUGAACUUGUAUGGCUUGCUGAACCACUGCAAGACACCUAUUGGCAGUCGACUGCUCGCUCAAUGGCUCAAGCAACCUCUGAUGAACCUCGAAGAGAUCGAGCGCAGGUUGCAACUUGUCGAAGCAUUUGUCAACGAUACUCAACUAGCCGAAUCAAUGUCGUCAGAUCAUCUGCGAUCCAUUCCUGACUUAUAUCGCCUGGCCAAAAAGUUUCAACGCAAGAAUGCCAAUCUAGAGGAUGUCAUUCGUGUCUAUCAAGUUGCUAUACGCAUCCCUGGUUUUAUUGGCACUCUUGAAGCAGUCAUGGACGAACAGUACAAGGAUCCUCUCGACACUGAAUACACCAACAAGUUACGCGAGUGUGCUGACGCCCUGGGUAAAUUGCAAGAGAUGGUUGAAACAACUGUGGAUCUGGAUGCGCUUGAGAACCAUGAAUUCAUCAUCAAAUCUGAUUUCGACGAAGGCUUGCGUGUGAUCAGAACCAAGCUCGACAAACUUCGUUACGGCAUGGACAAGGAGCACGGCAGAGUUGGAGAUGAUCUUGGUCUCGAUACUGAGAAGAAGCUCUUCCUCGAGAACCACAAAGUGCAUGGCUGGUGCUUCCGCGUCACAAGAGCAGAAGCUGGCACAAUCCGCAACAAGAAGCAAUAUCAAGAAUGCUCGACACAGAAGAACGGUGUCUACUUCACCACAAACUCUCUACAAGCGAUGCGCAGAGAGCAUGAUCAAUUGUCCGAAAGCUACAACCGUACUCAAAGCGGCUUAGUGCAGGAAGUUGUUGGAGUCGCAGCUUCGUACUGCCCUGUCGUUGAGAAGCUUGCCGGUAUCCUUGCACACAUGGACGUAAUCGUCUCGUUUGCGCACGUCGCUCUGCAUGCACCCACUCCUUACUGCCGACCGAAGAUGCACCCUCGCGGUACUGGUGAUACCGUCCUUGUCGAAGCUCGUCAUCCCUGCAUGGAAGCCCAGGAUGAAAUCACUUUCAUGGCCAACGACGUUACCCUCAAGCGUGGAGACUCUGAAUUUUUGGUCAUCACAGGACCCAACAUGGGUGGUAAGAGUACGUACAUCCGCCAGAUAGGUGUUAUUGCUCUGAUGGCCCAGAUGGGUUGUUUCGUGCCUUGUACAUCUGCUGAGCUCACCCUCUUCGACUGUAUUCUUGCUCGUGUAGGUGCAAGUGACAGUCAACUGAAGGGUGUUUCCACUUUCAUGGCCGAGAUGCUGGAGACAGCCAACAUCCUCAAGUCAGCAACAAAAGAGAGUCUGAUCAUUAUCGAUGAACUGGGCAGAGGAACAAGCACAUACGACGGUUUCGGUCUGGCUUGGGCAAUCAGCGAACACAUCAUCAAGGAGAUUGGUGCCUUCACUCUCUUUGCAACACAUUUCCACGAGUUGACCGCACUGGUGGACACCUACUCACAAGUCCAAAAUCUGCAUGUCGUUGCAGAUGUCACAGAUGGCUCAUCGGCAGACUCAGCACCUCAAGUGUUACUCAUGUACAAAGUCGAACCUGGAAUUAGUGAUCAAAGUUUCGGCAUCCACGUUGCUGAGCUCGUCCGCUUCCCCAAGAAGGUCAUUUCAAUGGCCAAGCGCAAAGCAGAUGAGCUUGAAGACUUUGCUGGCAAGAAUGAGGAAGCAAAAUCAGAGCUCAAGAAUGCAAGCAAGGAGGAUGUUGCAGAAGGAAACAGACUUCUUAAGGAACUUUUGUUGAAAUGGAAGCAGGAAACUGAAGGCCAAAGCAUGGAUAGCAAGGAGCAGGUCAAGAGGCUGAAGACCUUGGUCACGGAGAGUGAGCAACUGAGAGCCAACAAAUUCUUCGUGGGGCUGAAGGGACUGUAA